AUCGACGUCGUAAAAGGAAAAGAAACGAUGGAACUCUUUGUCUUUCGUAGGCGCGCAGCCUAGCCACUGUUUCCAGAAUUUCCUGUUUCUCGAGCUUCGUCUUUUUAGUUGCUAAACGCUUCAGCUCCUUACAUAAGACGCGAGAUUGCGACGUGUUCGAGAGAUCUAUGAGGAUAGCAACAAUUUUAUUUGUUAACGCUUAUCCGUUAUGAAAGUGGCAGCGACGAGAAAGGAACGGUUACGAUAGGUCAGUCCCGGCGAGGAAAAUGUAACGACGCCGUCGUCCGAUCGAGUGUGAACGCGCACACCGUUUUAGAAAGCGACCCCGCGUUGUUCUCCGCGAAAAAGUGCAUGCAUAUAUAUGUAUACGUUCUCGCGGUGUCGAAACGUUUCGUCGGGUCGAAGUGAAUGUCUAGGUAACAGGACGGGAGGGAGAAAAUCAUGGGUACUCAAACAGCUGGCAAGCAGCAAGAUUAGUAGCACCGUUAUCGCGUUCGCUCGUCCGAUUCCUCGUAGAUCUCCUGGUGCAUCCUCCUCUCCGGGGGUCGUCGGUCCUCGGUUACGUGACUCGACGAAGACGAAACAGAGCGUCAGAGAUUGAGGUUCGCCACAUUAUGCGAUACGUUCAGAAACCGUCGAUCAUGUUUCUAAUUGAAAAACCUCCCGGUCUCUUCCCGGUUUUUUUUAUUAUCGUCGAUCGUGGGCGCUCAAUCGGGCAAUCACGUCCCUGUCACCUGUGCCUGCUCGAACGACCGGCAUUUCCACUUCUACCAGGGCCGAGAGUCACCGAGUAGCGCACCGGCAGAGAAGGAAUAGUCUCGGGCAGAGCACGAGCCGAGCGGCGCAGCAGUUACAAAGCGUUUCCCGCGGGUGCGACACGCGCCUUUUCUACGCCUCGCCGUCAUUUCUGGCUUCGCGUGAAAGGGCUUCCCUCGCCUACUUUUCGAUCGAUCGGUGCCGUACGCGAAGGUCGAGGCGGUUCAGUUCGAAUCUUGCGUUCACCUCGGCCGAACGGUUCGCGAGACCCUCUCGACCGUUCCAUGGUGAUUCCGAAUCGACAAGGUUGUCAUGCUUGGAAAUAAUUGGUGAUCGACGGUGAAAUAAGUAUUCGUAUCUCGGUGGACAGUGCAUGUUCAAGUGUGCAACCUUGAUUCGUGCAUUUCAUCCAUGGAAAUGAUCUGAUCAGUGCCUUCAAUACUCACGGUAUUUCUGUGAUCGAUCAUCAGAAUUCAUUCGAAAGGUGACUCUCUGAAAAAUCUUAUCUGGUCGACUUGGCUGUCGCAUUCUUUUCGAAGAGAAACCUAUACUUGAACAGAUAAGCGAUUCAAUUAGCGAGUCUUUUAUCCAUUGAAACACGUAAUCGAGGAUGAUAAGAAGCGAGAACUGUGUAACUAGGAAAUUGGCAGACUUUCUUUCGGGCUCGUCCACGCGGUUCUUCCGCGAUUCAAUAAUUAAAACAAUUCGGCUUAAACCCGUUAAAUUUGUCUCGCAACAAAAGCACAACGUACAUAUUCGUAUAGACACACGAAUUAUUUACCAAUAUUUAUUCCUAUUUUUACAUAAUACAUUUUACAUUAUACAUAAUUUUUGUUCCGGCUCUUUAGAAAGUUAAUAAAAACGAUUCGCAAUCGCAUUCCCACGAGGGUGUAAAACGCGUUCUGCGGCUGGAUCGAUCGGCCAGUUCCGAGGCAGAUGGAUCGGAUGAACUCUCGAUGUCAGCACGAUGGAAAUUAGCAUGCUUCCUCCGCUCGUCGUGCUUCCUCUUUCGGUUCAGUAAACGCAGACGCACUCGACGGAACGAACUCUCUUCCUCCUCCUGCCUUCUUUUUGUUACAAUUUUGUAACAGAGUUUGUCGUAUUCCGAUUCAACGUUUCGGUAUCUUUCCGUGUCAUCUCGCGGUUCGAAUCUUCUAAGGAUCGUAAACGGGGAUCGCGUACAGAUGGUUAGAAAGAUUGUGAGGAAACGUUGCUCGGUUCUUGCUCGACUGCCCGCGAAACGAUCCCCCUUCCGGGUCGACGAGAUCGACCGCUGGAAUCAGCAAUUGCUAUUUGUUUAGCGAACGGUGGCCACGUUACGUUUGUUACCGGUGUCGUUGACUCCGCGGAUCCAUCCGCGAUUUAAAUAUUUAUGAGCUGAGGUGAAUACGGUUGUUCGACGUUUGCUAGGAUUUUCUCGCGAGAACCGUAAAGAAAACCGUUCGGUGGCAUCGGUAGGAUUCCUGGUUCAAGGAUUCCUACUGACGCGCUGUUCAUUUCUCGCUGUUCAACGAAAGUGAAAGUCAAUGGAUAUACAGAAAUUUGAGUUUAAUUCCGAAAAUCCAUACAAGGCACGCCGGUUCGUUUGAAAGUAACUUUGGCCAGAUAUCUCGUAGUGGAAAACGAGAUCACGGCUCACGGGCUAGAGGUAUAGUUAUACGAUUUUUCAUCUGAAUCUCGCGUUACCCUCGUUUGAUUUCGGCCACUUCGUUCUAGCUUUCGAAACUAUCUGACGGGUGAAACCAUAGUGCAGAUUUAUAAAACGAUCGCGAUUGCAUUUAAUCGAUCACUUUCUUAUAAAAAAAGUACGCGCAUUUGUUCGGAGAGUUUCACGCAUCAAAAUUGCGCUUGACAUCGGUCAUGUAUACGUUCCAACGUUUCAGGGGCAAAAGGGAAACCGGGAAAGAGCCUUUGGUCGUUUGUAAUCCUAGGGGGUCGCAAUUAGCCGCGUGUGACGAAACGCCUCAAACGUCGUGAGAACUAGACUUCGUUUCGAAUCGUGUGGCACCACGUCGGGCCCAGUUCUCUUUCGCUCGAAACGAGUUCUCGAGGACGCGUGACCGAAGUCAUAAGCAGAUCUUACGAUCGCACCCCUCGUUUCUUUUCUGCCAAUUCAUUUUUAGUCUUCGUCUCUAAACGCUGGUACAGUGAAUCUCCCAAUUUCUGUUCUCGUCACGAUUUCUCACUGUUUUUUUUUUAUAUACGAUCUUGAGCCAGUAGAAAUCAGGACGUUUAUCUUGUCUCUGGUUCAAUCGCUCAACGACUCGAGCGUGUGUCAAUGUAAACUUCGAUACGACGAGCCCCUGACUCGUUUUAGACUUUCUUUCGUAUGACGAUAUUGCUAUCUGGUAUUGCGGUUGUUGUUAAAACGACGGAACGCGUCACGAAGGCAUAGAACAAAACGCGAGAUCGCUAAUCGUGGUUCAUUAUCGGUUCCCAGCGAAGCGACGCGACGCACGUGAUAGAGGGCAAUUUUGUAGAACGAGAUUCCGCAGUGAAAUCACGCUCUCGAUGCGUUUUCACGCGAGCCACGGUUCAUUUUCUACGUAUCCCUCUCUCCCACUUUUCUCUCUCUUUCCGUAUAUUUUUUCUCCCUCUCUCUGUCGCGUGACAAUGCCACGGAAACGCGAGCUCGUGUGUAGCGUGCCAGAUUUCCAACAUCCUGUUAACGCCGAACCUCGAGAGCGUUCGACCGCUAUCGCUAAUCAUAGUUCAAACGAGACUUCGUCUAGGAGAAUCAGGAAAAGUGAUCGAGCUUCCGCGGUGAUCGUAAGGCGAAUUCUUUCGCGGAGUCGAAUCGUUGGAUAGAAAGGAAAACCGAGCGCGCUAAUGAAAUACGACUAUUGCAAAAUCGACCGUGAUACCGAUUCUACUUUCCAUUUCCACGAGACUUAUUUUCAAAUUUUCUCGACGACCGUAGAUUCCCGUCGUUUUUUAAUAUCGGUAUAAGGGACACAGAAGCUGUGAAACCCGUUUGAAAAAGCGAAACUCGGAUCGCGUGAGGAGAAGUAACGGUGGGCGCGCGCUCGCGGACGAUAAAGCAAAUUGAGAAUGAUGGCACAAUAAGAUACGCGUCGGACCCGGCUGAGCCAGAGGCCUGCCAGGAACGACGGAAUCGCUGAUGGAUCGGCCCGCGGUCGGACCUCGGAUCUGGAGCGUUGAAAUGUCAAUGCUGAUCUCUCCGUCCAAAGUGAUAACGUCAUUGAUCUCUGGUCGCGGUACCGACGAGUAAAUCAGUAGAAUGGAAUAUCCAAGUGUGCUAGAACGUUUCGUUCUGCUGAUAAAUAAUCGCGAUAGUUUGAUCGAUGAUCCCCAUGGCUACGCGAGGUACGAGUUGGCUUGAUUCAUCGCGCUCUCCCCAAAACGGUAGCCUUCCCCCGAACGUUGCGUGCUGUCGCGUUAGGGUCUGCAAUUUCUUCAAGGUAAAACGAGCCUCGUUACGCUCUCGUAACAAGUUUACCAAAUCCAGCCAUUCGCUUUUUAAAAAGGAUUUUUACUCGUUUUAUCGAAUAGACGCGACGACUGUACGUUGGUUCCAAAAGUUUAUUCGAUGUCCAAAAUAAGUCAGGCUUCGAUCGACCUUCCAUACCUGGAUAACAGACGCGAGGCUGAUUCAUCGUGCGGAAAAAGGUGUCUCAGCUGAUCAUUCGUUUAUACCGUAGUAACAGUGGCGCUGACCGGUCGCGUUUUAUUGCGUAACCGGGUCCGAGUUUUCGCGUCACUUUCUCUUCUCCGUUGGAAAAUUAUUGUAUUAUUAUAUUCCGCAAUUUCCGUCGGGCUCGCCGCGUAUCCGGUUGAAACGCAAUCGUGGACAGAUCUCGUGCGCAGGUGGCGAAAAGGUGUGACCGAAGACAACGUACGCCGGGGGUUUCGCAACGCGGAUCGAUCGCGAAGGUGUUGAAAAUCGAACGUUCUCUUCACCUGGGAUAUUUAUAGAAGUAUUCGAACGAGUUUAGUAAUGGAACUUUGAUCUCGACCAGUUUCCGAUUCCAAUCGGUGUAAAGAGAAUUCGCGAUAGAAACUUCUCAAUCGAGAUUCGAGGAAAGGUGUCGGGCAAACACCGUGGGCGCCGCUCGCGACGUGGGCACGUCUUUGGCCUGGAUUUUGCAAUGAGAAAUAAUCCCGGGAGCGCCGUCUGAUCCUACUGCGAAGCAUCGUGAAAAAAAUUUCCUUUACUUCAACGUUACGAUGUACAUUGCGUUUUCUGUUGGCCGGGUGAUCGGGUACCUGGCACGAAAACCAGGUGUUUCGAACAUAGAAGGUCGCGUGGGAAAACGGUCCCCGAGGCCUUUAGACGAAAGGAGGACGAGCUCCGUGAAAUCCUGAGAAAAGCGAAUACGCUAAGUGCGAAAACUAUGCGCGAUCGUUAACACGCAAUUAAGGACGAGCCCGAUUGUUCUGUAUACGUUUAACAAACGAAAUUGCUUCUUAUCAUCCGUCGAGAGAGAGUCACACAGUUGAUGAAAUUGCAGAAUCCUAUGAGAUCGGCUCGAAAUCGCUUUAACAGCGACGAUCCCGAUCGGUAGAUCUCGCGGACGAGAAAGGUCGUAAUCAUGGUGGUGUCGCAUCGCGAGGGAAGCAUAUCGUCGAAUAUUCGCGCGAUAAUCGAACAGCUGAACUUAAACCCGGUGGAGAGGAGGCGCCUGAUCGACCGGACCAAGCAGGACAAGAGUUUUCAGGGCGUGCAGCCCGGGGCGAAGAUCAGCAUCGGCGUGUACGGGUGCCGGGAGAAGGUCGGCUACGAGAUACCGGGCCCGAUUAGGCGCGCGUGCAACUUCGAGGAUCGGUCGAGACCGAAACAGGAAAUCGAGCAAAAGAUCCUCGCCCCGAUCGACAAAGAUGUUCCGACGGAGGUACACGAAGAAACUAGCCCCCGAUCCCCACUUACUCGCUUCCGUGUCGAGGACAGAGGGUCGAUAUCGUUGAGAUCGGCGUGCAAGAUCGAGACGAGACCGAAACCGCAGAGCAGACGAAGUCGUUGUCAGCCCGAGGCUACGAAAGACCGAUCCAACGUACGGGUCGAAGACACGAUCGAGGACAAGGAGAAGGAGGAAGAGGAAACGGAGGGAUCUGUCAGGGCUUCGUGCAGGAUCGAGGAUCGACCACGCUCGAAGCCGGAAACCAGACAGAGAAUCCCGCCUGUGAUCAAAGACGCGAUCGAGGAGAUCGAGAGCUCAAAAUCGCCAAAGGAUGCGGUCGAUCAAGUGGUCACCGUGACCAAAGAAGACUUACCGCAACUGGAGACCGUCAGUUUGAACCACACGGCAGCGCAUCACCGAAUCUCUGUGCGGCCUAAGAACCGGAGGCCUCCGAAGCGGACUGGUUCGCAGACAGGCAAUACGUCCUCGUCGACGAUCACGACCAUCGCGGAGGACUCGUUGGACAGUUUAGAUCAGCAGAUUGGCGUGAACAGUGCCGCGUCUUCGCCAACGGAACCGAAGAACGUGUCUGUCACGAGGAAAUCGUCGAGCCGAUUAUCCCGCACGUCGGACAUCUUCGAGGAGAUGGAAGCGAAGUUCCCGAGGAAACCGAGCAUGGCCUCCUUAUCCCCGGACAGUUUGGACGCCGUGUCGCCGUCGAGGUCGAGCGAAGCGAACGAGGAACCACCACAGCCUAUUGCCAGGAAGUCUUCGAACCGAAUGCCAAAGAAUACGGACAUGUUCGAGGAGUUGGAGUCAAAGCUGCCGCGAAGAAGAUCCUCGAAUAGAUUGUCAAAAUCACCUGACAGCCUUGAACCGUCUCCGUGCUGGUUCUCCAAGUCGUCGGAGGGCUUCGACAAGUUGACAGAGUACGAGGAGACGAAACCCGUGACGCGAAGACUGCUAGCACCGAUCUCAAAAUCGACGGACCGUGUGUCCAAAUCGUCAGACAGCCUAGAAGCCAUAGAGGCGCUCGUCAGCGACGAGUCCAUCGAACGCAGGAGAAGCAGCUUCGAAUUCCGCGCUCGCCGCUCGUCUAAGAACAUGUCCAAAUCGUCUGAGAGUUUCGACAUGUUGGAACAAUCGCAAAUCGGAACGGAGUCCGUUCAGGAGCUCCAGAAAAGGAGCAGCGUUUCCGAUAUCAAUUUGGCCAGAGGGAGAAGGUCGUCAAAGAGCAUAUCAAAAUCUUCGGAGAGUUUCGAGAGGAUCGAGAUCGGCGAGCCGAAGGACGAAGAGGAUAACGUCAGGGAUAGUUUCGGAAAUCGUAGAAGAUCCUCGAAACGAAUGUCGUCUGAGAGCUCGGACAAUUUCGAGGCGGACGAUAGGCUGGAGAACAGGAGGAUCAGGAAGACACCGAAGAGAAUACCCAGUACGAGUUACGUGGACAUCGUUCCGGCGGAUGAUCAAGAGGAGGAGAAGAGACCGAUCCCGGUGAGGAAGCCGUCCAGGCUACAGAAAUCGUCUGAGAGUUCCGAGCUCGGUAGCACGGACACCUUGGACUCUGAGAGAAGGAACAAAUCCUCGGAGAGUACCGAGACUCUGGACAGUUUAGAACGAGAUCUGGAUCAAGAUAGGAAACAGGAAGACCUCGCGGACGCUGCAGAUGGACGCGAGAAGAACGACUCUUGGAACAAGAACAUGGUGACGUCGCAUUCGGAUGAAAUCUCUGCGGCGGACGGUAUCGAGGACUCAAAGUCGUUGAUCUCACCCGACAAGUUCUACUGGCGUCAGUCGUCGGAAUCGAAGGAGAACAUUGAUAUCCAUCAGCUGCUGGCGAUCACUAUAGUUACCAGAAUGGCCGACAACGGCAACAACCAACGAAGCUCUGUGAUUUACCCUAAGAAGAAGCAACAGAUCACGACGUCUCAGCCUACCUCGCCAGUCGCGAAACAGGAAGACAACAAGAUGAUCUUUGACAAUCUCCUCGUCAGCAAGAACGACGAGGACCUUCAGAAUAUGUUGAACGGCAACAUAUCCGAGGUGUCCACGGACACGAAGAGUUUCAAGGAGAAACUGAUCAUGUUCGAAAAGCUCGGGAAAUAAGUCGAGCAAUCAUCGAACAAAUGUAUCGUUCAAUUAAUUUUGGCCUGCCGAAUGGACCCGUACGAAGAAAGGCCUCAUUUUCCUGGCUACAUUUUUUUAUACCGUAUACCGUAUACGAAUUUGAUUCGUAGAUCGAAGAAGGCUGGUGGAAGAUUCCAAAGGACAAUAACGUAAAUUAAUUUGGUUCAAUUUUUUACGAUCUUUUUCAUGACUUCGCGUGUUCAUUUCGCAAGCACGAGAGAAAGAAGGGAGCAGAGAAUCGAUAUUUUACGUUCCAAGAUUGAGAAUGCUUCGGAUCGCGAACUAGUUCAUUUCCCCUUCGUUGCGAUCGUUUAUUUUCCACCGGAACGCAAUAAGAUUUCGCGGUUGCGUACCGGAUGCAGUAUUAGGCGGCGUACGAUAUCGCAAGCGCGAGUAUACGAUCGUGAGUUCAUGCUUUACAAGUUUUUCUCGUGUUAGAAGCGCUUAGUAUUUCUCGUUGUACAGUAGCUUCUUAGGCAGUAGCAUUUCCUGUUUCUACAGGUGUAAAUAACGAAGAGAAACCUCCGUUAUGGAGUUGGGCACGACCGAACAAAAAUGGUACGCAUGAAAAAAAGAGAGGAAAGUAUAGCUCGAACGAACACAGGGUACGUUAACGAGAACAUAGUUCAUAUCUAGAGACGUUGACAGAUUUUUGAAGAACGCUGCCUUUCCAUAUCGAUCCGAUGAUCCACGUGAAAUCGGGAUCCGUACCAUGAACGUAUCCCUUUCUUUUCUGUACCUAUUCUUUGAUCAUCGAUCAACGAAUGGGAUGAUACAUUCCACGUUGAGAACCUAUCGUCUUCUUAAAAAGGGAAAAAGCGGUAUCAUCUAGGGGUGCGGAAAACACGUUGGAGCGUAUCGUUCCUCUUGCGUACGGAACCACGCGCAAAAGACGAGAUACUUCUUUUCAGUCUUUUAAGUGCCUUAACGAAGUACCGAGGAAUCGAGAGUUGAACAGAUCGCGCGGAAGAACGUUUAUCACCCCUCAUACCCUCCCUCGAUCAUCGUAUCCUUUUCUUUAGUUGUCUAGUUAAUUGUGAACGUCUCAGAAUCCAAAAAGUAUGCAUAGGUUGUUAGACUAAUGAAAUACAAAUAGCGGAUUGAAAUUAACCAUUAUACUAUAAAGUUUAAGAACCCGCAUAACUGAGAGAUAUAAAUAUAUAAAUAUAUAUAUAUACAUAUAUAUAUAUAUACAUACACACACGACACUGAGAGGGAGAGAGAGAAUAAAAAACUUCCAUUACAAUGUAAAUAAAGCUGCCAUUGUAAUUACA